GACAGAGGAGUGCAUACGAGUUCCGUGAUGCGUGAUGGACGUUGUUCGCUAUUAGUCUUUAGCUUCGGUCUGUUAUUCACUUUAAAGGUCAUGUUUCUAGUGUGUCCAUGUUUCUAGUGUGUUAGGUUCAGAUCUGCUCGUGAUCAAAGAACAAAGAUGUGGGCCGAGCGGAGCACAGACGAUCUGUUCGAUAGCAUCCUCAUGGCGGAGGAAAGAUUCCAUGGAGAAGGUUACAAAGAGGGCUAUGAGAAAGGCGCCCACAAGGGCCUACAGGAGGGCCGCAGACAUGGGGCCAUGCAUGGGGCCCAGCUCUCUGCUGAGGUGUCCUUUUACCAUGGCUUUGCUGUCACAUGGAAAUGUCUCCUCUGGAACAAUACAGAUGCCAAAACUAGGAAACGUGUGAAGACUCUAGAAGCGUUCUUGAGUUUGAUAGAGAAGUCUCUGUUAGAUGAUCCCCAGUCUGAGAAGCUGAAAGAAGACAUGGACAAGCUCCGUGCCAAAUUCAGACAGGUGUGUUCCACGUUAAAUGUCCCUGCAGACUUUAAGGACUUUUUGAAACUGGCAGCGGGAACAUCCUUCUAAGCAACACAGGACCAAAGGCUGUUGUUUGUCUGGAGACUGGACAGUGCUCUGCUGCUUUCUGAUGGUGGACACUGAGAGGGCAGAGUAAGAGCUGCAUCAGUCUGUGUGUUCUGUGACCUGCAGUGUGGACUACCUAGAGCUCAUCAGGAACACUGAUUUCAGCUCUGGAGAGAGACAUAGACUUAAAUGCAGGAUUUACUCAAACAUGCGCAAAUGAAUCCAAACACAACUCUGUUUCUGUAAGAUGACAAACGCAGAUCCAUGGUAUGGUUACAUUUUAUUAUUACAUUAUGAUAUGUUAUGUUGUAACGUAACAUAACCUUCAAUAUUAGCCAGUCACAGCAAUAAAAUGCUGCAUAUCUUAAUUGUAAAACAUAAAAAAAUUACAAAAAUACCUUAUAUUGUCAGUAGAGAUAAUAUUUGUACACUUGGCAUAUUGACUAUUGGCCUUAAUCUCUUGCGCAGGCCAAUAUUUUGUAUGAGCCAACCAGAUGCCAUAAAUCUGCAUCAUUCUUUAUCUGAACACUUAGGUGCAAAGAGGAUGCUGCACAAAAUGUGACCACACAGCCCUCAUAUUUACUUAUAAAAAGAGGUUUGUGGAUCAUUGUGUAUGAGUGUGUAGUCAUUUCAUUUUGGCCGUCAGUUUAUCUAAAAUCAGUAUCUGCAUUGGCCGUGGAAACCCACAGCAGUUGGUUUCUAAUCAUCAACCUCAAGCAAGGCUCGACUGACUGUGAUCAAACCAGUUGAAGUAAAUGUGAUCAGCAGUAAAAUGAAGACUGCAUACGUAUGUGCUGUUUGGGAUCAUCUUGAAUUUGGCGCCUCAUCUCUUCUAAUUGCAGUGUGCUUGCAGUUGUGUGUCAGUGGGGAAAUUAUGAAAUUGUUGAUGAGCUGAACAUAACUGAACGCUACAAUGACAUUUAAAUGAAGAAAACUGGGCCGUUUUCUCAUUUUUUGUAGAACAGAGCCCGCAAGAAGUUGUAAUCGCAUCUUUCCGCCCACAAACCUACAUCACCCAUGUUCCCACACGACAAUCUUCCAUAAAUAUACAAAUACAUGAUACAAAACUGUACACAGCAACAAACCUGAUGUGACGUGCGAUAGUUUCAUUAGUGGGAUGCAUGGUGAUUGUGUUGUGAUAGUGCUCAGAAGGGGGAAUGACUUAAUGCUGGGAGCAAAAGAAGGAGUUUAUAAUAAUAAUAAUCAUUUACAUAUAUAUGAAAAUCUGCCUCAGAUCCAGUUUACAGUUAUAUUACUUCAUAAAUCAAAGUUAUUGUAAGCUUUUUAAGUUGUCAGUGACAUAGAUUUACUGUUUUAUUUACUCAUAUUUAGAUAUUUAAUAAUUUGAAAAAGCAUACAUUAUAUUAAAAUGGUUUAUUGCUGUAUUUUGCAGUUUCAUCAUUAAAGAAAAUUUUGUGUCCAUUGUCACUUUA